UUUAAAUCACAGAUUGAUUUCAGGACUUGAAAUUGUGAUACAAUGUCAUCUAUUGCAAAGGAUAUUCAGAUUAUUCUAAAACAAUGAAUGAUUUAUCAAAAAUCAUUAUUGAGUUUUUAUGCUAUCAAAGACCUGUGUAAUACACUCAAUUCAGUAAUGACAAUUGAAAACAGUGAUAAAUGUCAAAAGAAAUAUUUAUGAUUAAGUGUAUGAAAAUAAUGUUUAAAUGAGAAUAGACAGUGAAUAUUUCACUAUUUUUAUAAACUUAGGCCAGUUAUAUGAAAAAGUUACUAUGAUGUAACAAAACUUAACAUAUAACAUAAUGGACUAAAUUUUAUCAAAACUAAAAUGGAAAUAAUCUUCACGCUUGCAAAAGAACCCAAACUUUACAGUAUUGUUGGCCCAUUUGGCAAUGCAGACAGAUGGCUGCGCCCAAAAUGGAUCUAACCGGUCACAGCAUGCAUCCACUUUCUACUGCACAUACCAACUUCAGCCCAACUGCACGGACAGACGAUGAUAUCAACGCUGCCGUCACAAACUUCCUCCACAGUGAGGGGUCAAGACUGCAUGGCCAACCGUGGCAGGACACCACUGAGGAUGUUACAAAAUGGCUUGCAAUGCAGAUACAGAAAGAACGGGAAGGGUGGCGACAGAAAACACGGGCGGCCAUGAUGGAAAUUGAAAGUCAUCGGAAAGAGGUGUUGAAGUAUCAGAAAUUGAUCCAAGAAUGCACAGAUCAGAUGAAAAUUGUCGCUGAAUGCUGCAACCUCCCCGAGGAAACCAUUAACCAGAUAUCAGACCAUGAGCCACGUCAAGCUUUACCCAUGUAUAUAGAAUGUCUCACCGAGACGCUAAAUUCACUAAUGGAAGACCGUAUUAUGUGUCUACAAAUAUUACGCCCAGAUGGCCGAGCAUCAAACAACAGCCUCCCCGACUUACUUCGAGCCUACAUUGAGGCUUUAAAACACCAUGCAGAGAAGGCUCACAGGGAGGCAAGAUCGCGGUUAGAGAAUCUGGAAUCAGCAAAUAAGCAGAGCUCAACGGAGAUACACAAGAUGAAGAAGCAGAUAUCGAGGAAGCAGGAAGAGGUGGAUAAACUACAUAACAAACUACAGGAAAUAAAAGAUGUAACAAUGAACAAGUUCGCUGAGAUAUCAAACGAACCCAGAGACUUUGAUGAUGCCUCCUCACAGACGGACAUUCCCGCCCUUCCGUUUAUACAUCCCAGCAGAACACACCAAAAACACCCACCAGAACAAAAAGGAUCGCUCCCGACUUCACCCUACAGCGUACCCACACCGCUGCCCAUUCUGGACCAGAAAAACAUUCAGAUAUCUGCUGAGAAGCUGUCAAGACUACGCAGAAGUGCUAAAAAGCUUGAGAACUCAUUACAAGAUGCCCUGACCCAGAUGGAUACAUUCAGAAAAGGCAUGAAAGCACCAAAGUCAAACCAGUCUAGUUUAUUCGUGACACCGAGACAGAUGGCUUCAUCCAGUCUUGGUCACAUGCCAGAUCUUCCGCCUGCUCUGAAGAAGGAAAUGAAACUAUUGCCAUCUCCGAUGCACAUGUGGUCUACUAAGCUAGAAGUAAACGGACCAAGAAUUCAUGAUGCCGAGAUUGAACUGAUUAAAAUGCAGGAGAAAGAGAAAGAAGAAAAAAAGCGUAGAGCAAAAGAAAAGCGAAGGGAAGCUCUUCAGAAAAGUCAGGAAAAAAUACUGAACAGUCAGGAGGCACCAACUUUUAGAUCGCUCAUGAAAUCAUUAGAUGAAGUAAAGAAAACCAAGGGAAAGAAUUUUAAACCAGUCGGGCAGGUAACAAAGUGCCUGAGAUGUAAUAAACUGUUCACCCUAAACGACAAUCAUAAGAAAUCGUGUAACUAUCAUCCAAAAGGAAAAGAGAGAAUUGAGCAGUACUCGGAUCGAGGAAAGCUGGUGAAGGUCACGUAUGUAUGGAAGUGUUGCAUGAUGGGACCAGACAAUCCUGGAUGUACAUACGGCCAACAUGUAUGAAGGUCAUGUAAUAGGAUAUAGACAACUGAAUGUUUGUGUGUAGGCUACAUACCACUAAUUUUGUGCAAAAACUGUGUGUGAAAUAUAUGUGAUACUUACUCGUCUCGGAUUACUUUUUUUUGGCUAAUCAAAAUUUGUUUUCCAUAUUAAUGCCAAGUAAGGAAUUCAAUAUAUCAAUUUUAUGAACAUGCAUAGAUAUGUAGCCAAAAUUGUUGUGUGAAUAAUAGGAUUUGUUCAAUCAUAAACAGGACUAUCAGUGUCAUUGUAUGCAAAUUGAUCAGUAUUAAAAUUCAUGUGCAGGUUCCUAAGUACAUGAUCUGAAUGUUUAUCUUAUUUAAUUGAUUUGUUUGUUUUUACGCAUCUGUUAUGAAAUAAAUGAAAACAAAUCAA